AUGCGCUUCAAGGCGUCAAUACAGAACAUUACAACCUUUACGAAGCUUACAGCGUCGCUCAAUUCGCUCGGCCCGCUCGCGUGGGUGAAGCUCAGCGAGGAGCAGGUAUGCUUCACCAUCAUACCAGAGCAGGGCACACAAGUAUGGGCUGUGCUCUCAAUUGACUCCAUCUUUGAGAGCAUCAGCGUGCAGUCGGCUGCAGAUAAUGUCAUCAACCUCGAAGUUCCGCUCGCGUCGCUGAAUCGCGCCCUCAAAUCGGCCUUCAAUGCCACGUCGGCCCAGAUACGCCUCACCAAGAAGGACAACCUGCCCGUGCUCGCUCUUACCGUCACCACUACCCCGUCCUCGAACACGUAUAGCGCCUUCCCUACUACUUCAACCAAUGAGGAUGACGACGACGAUGAGUACGGCGACGACGAUGACGAUGGCUUCGAUGCCGCCUUCGACAACGAAUUCGGUGGAGGCAACCGCGAGACCAUCAUCACGCAAGAGAUACCUAUACGUGUGCUUGCUCCGGAUACGGUAGCCCAUCUGCAUGAGCCUGUCUGCAGGGAGCCGGACGUGCACAUCAUACUGCCGCCCUUGAUGCAACUGAAAAGCAUCAGCGACAGGUUCACCAAACUAGCGCUGGCAGACACCACCAAAGCAAGUAGUGCGACGACCGCAGCGAGAACCCGCCUAGAUGUCUCGGCCAAUAUGCACGGAUGCCUCAAGAUAAGCAUCAGAUCUGACGCCAUGAACAUAUCUUCCAUCUGGACCGAUCUCAGCAACCCGGAACUAGACCCUGGCCACGUCGCUGGCGGCGAGGACGGCGUUGCUGAACACCCAAGCACGCGUAUGAAGCAGCUAGGGUCGGCCGAUGGGCGUAGCGAAGAAGGGUGGGCCACAGUGAGGAUUGACGGGCGGGAUUGGGGCAAGGUCAUGAGUGUGGGCAGACUGGGCGGACGGGUCAUUGCUUGCUUCUGUCACGAGCAUGCACUCAUUCUCUACGUGUACUUGCCCAACGAUAAUGGCGAGGACGAGUCAGUCUUGACGUAUGUCUAUGCUCGUGUCUUCGAGCGAGAUAGGUUUACUCGCGUAGAUCUUCCAUACUGCAACAUGGACGAACUAGCUAAAGCUCCUUUCACCGCCUCACUGCCUUCACAUCCAUCCAACCUGAGCGACGUGCACACAGUCAAUACCGACGAUACAUGUUUUCUCACCAAUCUUGCGACUGAACUCGUUCAUCGUAUAAUCGAUUUUAUACCCCCCGCAUCCCAUAUCGACUUCGCAUGUUCCUGCAAACAUUUAUACGCAUGUUCCACGGACGUGUUCAAGCGCCAUCGCGACGCCCAGCUGAAAUACGGUGUUGCGUCUGAUAUUGACCCCGCUACGAUUCCCACUCUCCUUCGAAGCGCAUUUGGAUACGGUGACCCUAUUCUAGCAUGGCACGUUCGAUCCUUAGAAGUCUGGUACGACCGCAGAGGAUGGGACAUGUGGAAAACGCUCGAUUUUGAAACACCCGUCGAUCAGAGUAUGCAGUCGCCGAUAGCGUGGGAAUUCAUACCUGGCGAAAUCGACGAUUAUUUAGAGCGACUGGAGCAGGGACAGGGUCGUCUUCUACCCCGGCGUAUCGAUGAAGCACGUACGCAAAUCCUGGACGGGCAUGAUACUUACCUAAAAGCCCUCCUUAUUGUUCAUUGUCCGAGACUUCGAGAUGUCAAGUUUGUCUUGCCAGCACGUCACGAGGUCGAAACAUGUUCUUGUCUUGGAUGGCUUGACACCUUCAUAAACGAUUCUCAUAACAAGAAGACUUCUUGGGGCCCGGGACUACAAAACCUACAAUCAGCCGCGGUCGGCCUACCUUCAGGGACCUGGAUGGACGAUGCCUUCCAUCCUAACACAGAGCCUCUGAACAGCAUAGGGAUACUGGUACAAUUCCUGCGUCUACCUCACCUGGAAAGGUUAUAUUACAAAGACCUCGAGGACACCAGUGACGAUGAUGUAUCUUGGGAAGUGUUAGUACCAGCCGGAGCUUCCAGCAUCAAACAUCUUUUCCUGGACAAUUGCGGCGAGCUAAACAGCGAGCCUCUCAAUGCUCUUGUGGCCGCCCCGUCAGCCCUCCAAACAGCCUGUUUUCGCGCCGGCGAUGCAUUACUUGAACACGCCGACAAUUGGGUCGGCAGUCUAGGCAGCUGUCAAGGACAGUCGCUCGAAAGCCUGAUGUUCUACGGCUAUGGCUCUAAUGGUAGUAUUCAUGGCUAUCGCUGCGGCGCCUUCCGUCCGGAAGAGCUCAACGAUCACAGAGCUUUGAAGCAUGUCUGCAUGGACAUUGCAGAUUUUGAACUCGAAGCCCUCUACAAUAUAAAAUGCGAUAGAGAAGAGUGGGAAAGCGAUGGAGCGCUUGCCGAACGCACUUUUUUCGAAUGUGUGCAGCAGUACGAGGUAAUAGUUCUUUGGGGGUCGCUUGGUAACUUUUACGUUCAAUGGGAACCGACUGAGGAACAAGGCUUUGAAGAUGCGGUGAUAGCUGCCCUCGGACCCGAGUCUUGCACACUAGCCAUGUACUUGGAAGAUGUAGAGAAGCACAGCGCAAACUUGAGUGGAAUAAAGAGCCCAUCUCAACCCAUGGAAAAGGAUAAGAUCUGGUUCCGCCGCGCGAUCGAAACAGCAAGGAAGCGUGGCGUCGAUCUCCACACACUCACAAAUCGGAACAAGCCAAUCCACCAGAUCGAGUUUCCUGAGGCGCCUGACAAGUACGACCUCAAGACUGGACCAUGGGGUGAGAGACCGGAGGAUUGGGUCUUCAAUGUGUAUACCGGCCGCAGGGAACCUCAAGGCUGCGGGAAAUGCGGGGAUUGUGAUGUUUGCUUUGGUUACUACAGUAAAGAGAUGUGGGAUGGACUGAAGAAAGAGCCAAGGAAGAUCCUGUAUGACGGCAAGAACCAGGAUGGGACGGAAGACUAG